AUGGCUGCUGCUGAGAUAAAGCCGAGAGAUGUUUGUGUCGUUGGUGUUGCCCGUACACCGAUGGGUGGCUUUUUGGGUUCACUGUCAUCUUUACCUGCGACCAAGCUUGGAUCUGUAGCUAUUGAAGCUGCUCUUAAAAGGGCCAAUGUUGAUCCUUCAACUGUAGAAGAAGUGUUUUUUGGCAAUGUUCUCAGUGCAAAUUUAGGACAGGCUCCGGCUAGACAGGCUGCAUUAGGUGCAGGAAUUCCCAAUUCAGUAGUUUGCACCACUGUUAACAAAGUUUGUGCUUCAGGGAUGAAAGCAACCAUGCUUGCAGCCCAAAGUAUCCAGUUGGGUAUUAAUGAUGUUGUUGUUGCUGGAGGCAUGGAAAGCAUGUCCAAUGUCCCUAAAUAUCUGGCUGAAGCAAGGAAGGGUUCCCGACUUGGACAUGAUUCAAUUGUUGAUGGAAUGCUCAAAGACGGGCUGUGGGAUGUUUAUAAUGAUUAUGGCAUGGGAAAUUGUGCUGAAUUAUGUGCAGAUACUCAUUCAAUCCCCAGGGAGGACCAGGAUAACUACGCCAUCCACAGCUUUGAGCGUGGUAUUGCUGCAAAAGAUAGUGGUGCCUUUUCAUGGGAAAUUGUUCCGGUUGAAGUUUCUGGUGGAAGAGGAAGACCUUCUACAAUUGUUGAUACGGAUGAAGGUUUAGGAAAGUUUGAUCCUGCAAAAUUGAGGAAGCUCCGACCAAGUUUCAAAGAAGCUGGAGGCUCAGUUACUGCUGGCAAUGCCUCUAGCAUAAGUGAUGGUGCUGCUGCUUUAGUUCUAGUGAGUGGAGAGAAGGCAAUUAAGCUUGGAUUGCAAGUGAUUGCAAAGAUUACAGGAUAUGCUGAUGCUGCUCAGGCACCAGAGCUUUUUACAACUUCUCCAGCCCUGGCCAUACCUAAAGCUCUUUCAAAUGCAGGCUUGGAUGCUUCCCAAGUUGAUUAUUAUGAAAUAAACGAAGCCUUUGCUGUUGUGGCUCUUGCAAAUCAGAAAUUGCUUGGACUUGAUCCAGAAAAGGUCAAUGUACAUGGUGGAGCUGUAUCCUUGGGACAUCCACUAGGUUGCAGUGGAGCUCGUAUCUUGGUCACACUUUUGGGGGUAUUGAAGCAGAAACAAGUUAAAUAUGGUGUUGGUGGUGUUUGCAAUGGAGGUGGUGGUGCAUCCGCACUAGUUGUAGAGCUUCUGUAG